UAUCUUCGACGCCGAAGAGCCACGUGCUAGUUGUAAACAAAACGGAAACGUUAUCAUGUGGUGUGGUGUUGACACAAGCUUGUCAUAAUGGCUGCAGAAGCUGCUUUAGUAGCACAACGUCUUCAAGAAGCACAGGAAAACAAUAAGAUUGAUUUGACGAGCUGUGGUCUGAUGAAAUUUCCUAAUGCAAUCUACAUAUUCCUGAAACACACACCUGUACAGUCAUGUUCCUUUUCGAACAAUCAAUUAAAGAGAAUCCCUCCCCGGUUUCCCAUGACCUUCAAAACAAUCCAAGAGCUGAACAUGAGUGAUAACAAACUGUCCGAGUUCCCAGAGGAAAUGAGUGAAAUGACUGACAUACAGACACUAGACAUCUCCAAGAACCAGUUCACCUGUCUACCUGAUGUUGUGUACCAAUACUCGAAACUCCACCGACUUAAGCUGGACCACAAUCACAUCUCUGACAUUGACGUUGAAAGGUUGAUACAAAUGUCUUCCCUCCAAGAAGUUGAUUUACGCGGUAACCCACUGUCACCAGAAGCGAAAUGUCGUCUGCAAGAGUCAAGCAUCAAAGUUCUGCUGGACAGACCAGAGGAGGGAGACAGCUGAUGUUUUGUUGGAUAAUCUGCUGUAUAGUACAUUUAAACAACAAAUAACCAAACAUAUUUGUCAGAUUUAACAUAGAAGUCUGUCAGAAGCAUAUGAUUGACUUCCUUAGUUCCAUCACAAAAAAAACCCAACAAAAAUAAGCUUCUGAAAAUGCUUUUGAAGACCAUCACUGAUACUAAGGAGUACUGGUUUAUCAGAUUAUUCUAAAGAGUGAGUGGUUAAAAUCUUAACAAAUGUGAUCAAUUUUGAUUAACUAGUUUAAACGGACACAAUUAAUUUGUCUGAGCCAGAGUACCAGCAGUACAGCAAGUGUCUGUAUUAAAGGAAUAUCUAGGAAUGAGAAACAUUUUUACUUUUUUUUUUAUACCCUUUUAUAAUUAAGUAGCACACUUGUGUUGACGACUAGUAUACAUUUAUGGUUACUUCCGUUAUCUUGGAAGAUUGACAUUUUAUUUGGUGAUGUUUUCGUGUAAUGAUAUACCUAACUGAAUAUUUCUGUAUUCUUUAUUAUAAACCAUAUCUUAUUUCGUAAAUUUGCAAUUACAAUAUACAGGACAUUUAAUUUUUACAUACAUGAAAUAUGAUCCAGAAACAAGUUAUUAAACUUAUUUCAA